AAUGUAACCUUUAGGACAAGUCUCGUCCGUUAUUCAGAGAACACCUUCCUCAAAUCCAGGCAAUAAAGUUGCAAGCUAAACGGGAUGCAGCAGCGUGGGAUUCACUCAGGCUGAAGAGCUUUGGGGGAGUAUAUCAGACCCAGAGAUCGCCUGUUCGAACCCCACUUCCUCCCCAAACUUCAGCGAGGGAGGCAGCAAUGGAGCGCACCGUGGUCAUGAUCUGUCUCCACUACUUUGCCAUCAGGCAGGCAGUUUCGCUCGAACUUCAAGCUGACAUGCCACACGUGUGUAUGGAGCAGGAACUGGCCAUGGUGGGACACCGACAACCGUGUGUUCAAGCCUUCACCCGAAUGGUUAAAGUGUGGAAACAGGGAUGUGCUGCACAACGGUGGUGUGUAGGGUAUGAAAGGAGGACUGGGUAUUAUACUGCCUAUAGACAGGUGUACAGUGUGGAGCUCCAGACUAUCUAUAAAUGCUGUCCAGGGUGGAACCAGCAAAAUGAUGAGCCAGGCUGCUUACAUCCUACAUGUGCUAUUGGAACUUGCUUCAAUGGAGGCAAGUGUGCUGAAGGAAUCUUUCAAGCCUGCCAGUGUCCAGAGGGAUUCCAGGGCCCUCGUUGCCAAUAUGAUGUGAAUGAAUGUGCUACAGAAAAUGGAGGUUGCCAAGACCAGUGCUGCAACACCAUCGGCAGUUAUUAUUGCAAAUGCCCAACUGGGCAGAGAUUGGCGACUAAUGGGAAAUUUUGUGAAGACGUUGAUGAAUGCUCUGUGGUCAAUGGAGGCUGCCAACAAAGUUGUGUCAAUACCCAUGGGUCCUUUUACUGCGAAUGCGAGCAUGGGUACAAGAUCCAUGCAGAUGGCCGCACAUGCAUUACUGUCAACUCCUGUUCGAUGAACAAUGGUGGCUGUGAGCAUGAGUGUGUGCAGAUCAGUGAAAACCAUUACCAAUGCCUUUGUCGACUGAAUUACCAGCUGAUCAGAGAUGGAAAGCACUGUGAAUUGAAAGAUCCUUGCAGUGAGAGGAAUGGUGGGUGUGGUCACACAUGCCAUAGUGAAGCUGGAAUUGCACAAUGUGAAUGUAAUCCUGGAUAUCGGCUAAUGUCGAAUGGAAAAAGCUGUGAAGACAUUAAUGAAUGUACCACAGGAAUUGCAAUGUGUGCUCAUCAAUGUGUCAAUAUUCUGGGAUCAUUCAGCUGUGUCUGUAACCCCGGAUUUGAGCUUGGUGCUGACGGGAAGCAGUGUUACCGUAUUGAAAUGGAGAUCGUGAACAGCUGUGAGAGGAACAAUGGAGGCUGUACUCAUCACUGCAUGCACACAUCCAAUGGGCCCUCCUGCUCUUGUAAUCAGGGAUACCUACUGGACUCCGAUGGGCGCACAUGCCUUGAUUCUAAUGAGUGUGAGACUGACACGGCAUGCUGUGCACAAGACUGUAAUAAUAAUCCUGGAGGCUAUGAAUGCAGCUGUCGAGCGGGAUACAGGCUGAACAUGGAUGGAUGCAGCUGUGAUGAUGUGGAUGAGUGCUCGGCAGACAAUGUCGGCUGUGACCAUUUAUGUAUAAACACUCUUGGGUCCUAUCAGUGUACAUGCCAAGGUGGAUACAGACUGGACACAGAUAGGAAAAGCUGUACAUCCCUGGAUGAUGAAUUCGAAGGGGAGUCAGAUGAAGAAGAGGAAGAAAUCAAACUUGCCAGAUUCAAAGACAUUUUAUUAAGAACCCCUCCACAGCUUCUUCACUACAAAUCCUCCUUGACACCCUUUUUUCAGGAAGAUCUGAGGAGUGAACUCAGACUUGUGCAGAAAAUCAUUUGCUUGGAUAACACUUUUGGGAAUGACUGUAGUCUCACUUGCGAUGACUGUAUGAACAGCGGUGUCUGCAAUGCUGAGGGAGAUGGCUGCAAUUGUCCUGCAGGUCGAACAGGCCUCAUCUGUAAUGAAACCUGUCCCCAGGGUACCUUUGGAAAGGAUUGCAACAGUAUUUGCAAGUGUCAGAAUGGAGGAUCAUGUGAUGCAGUCACAGGGACAUGUCGUUGCCCACCUGGGAUCGGUGGAGAAUUUUGUGAAGAUGGUUGCCCUAAAGGAUUCUUUGGAAAGGGAUGUAAUAAACGAUGUAAUUGUGCCAGUAAUGGCUACUGUCACCGAUUAUAUGGUGCUUGCUUGUGUGAUCCUGGACUAUAUGGACGCUUCUGCCAUUUAUCUUGUCCCAAGUGGACAUUUGGACCUGGAUGUUCCAAAGAAUGUCAAUGUGUGCAUGCACAUGCUGGAGGCUGUGACCCUAAAAAUGGCACAUGCAUUUGCAAACCAGGUUUCCAUGGCCUUGGAUGUGAGAAAGAAUGCAAUAUUGGCUUCUAUGGUGCUGGCUGUGCAUUCCGUUGUGACUGUCCAAUUGGUGUGCCAUGCAAUCAAGAGACUGGCAAAUGUGAUCGCCAGUGCCCACCAGGGUUUCAUGGAGACCAGUGCCAUUUGCCUUGCAGCUCCAGGAAAUUUGGAAUUAACUGCAGGCAGAACUGUGACUGUGGAGGGGCACCUUGUGAUUCAUGGAGUGGUCAGUGUAUCUGUCCUGCUGGCAAAAUGGGAUUGUCUUGUGAAAUAGACUGCCCAGCUGAUCGGUGGGGUAUAAACUGCCAAUAUGCCUGUGCUGAUUGUGAAAAUGGAGGUGUUUGUAACAAGGAGCUGGGAACAUGUGACUGCACUGCAGGAUUUAUUGGAGCACUUUGUCAGGAUGUUUGCCCUCCAGGUUAUUAUGGGCCAGCUUGUCAGUAUCUCUGCCUCUGUGGAAAUGACACCCAGUGUAACAGCGUAACUGGAGAUUGCAUCUGUGGCCCUGGAUGGGUGGGACGUGACUGCAAAGCAUCUUGUGACGUUGGCCAGUGGGGAAAUGGUUGCAAGAAUGCCUGUGACUGUAACAAUGCUGAUGGGAGCUGUGAUCCUGUGACUGGCCACUGUCUGUGUGAAGCAGGCUACACAGGGGAUCGCUGUGAGCAGAAGUGCCCUGAUGGAAGUUACGGUUCAGGAUGUAAGUUCAGAUGUCAAUGUGAAAAUGGGGCAGCUUGUGACCACGUCAGUGGCGCAUGCACCUGUGCAGCAGGAUGGACUGGAACAUUCUGUGAAAGAUCAUGUCCUGAUGGAUUUUAUGGCUUUGACUGUCAGCUGAUGUGCAACUGCAGAAACGGUGCCAGGUGUGACCAUGUGACUGGAGCUUGCCACUGUCCUCCAGGCUGGCUGGGACCGCAGUGCAACCAGCCAUGUCAAGGACAGAGCUAUGGUAAGGGCUGCAGCCAGCUCUGUAACUGUUCCAAUAAUGCAACAUGCGAUCAUGUGACUGGCCAGUGCCUGUGCACUCCUGGAUGGACUGGAACUGCAUGUCAACAAAGAUGUCCCACCGGCUCCUAUGGACUGAACUGCUUACAGCUCUGCAUCUGCAGAAACACAGCCCAGUGUGACCAUGUGAGUGGAUUAUGCAUUUGCCCCAAAGGGUGGACUGGUAUCGCUUGUGAACUUGAGUGUGAAGAUGGAUGGUAUGGGGAAGGAUGUCAGCAAUACUGCAGCUGCAGUAAUGGUGGAACUUGCGAGCGACACACUGGAGAGUGCAUUUGUGGAUCUGGCUGGAUUGGAGCAAAGUGUGAGACUCGUUGCCCGAGUGGAUAUUAUGGACUGCAUUGCGGAGAGAGAUGCGAUUGUGAAAAUGCCAUUUCCUGUCACCAUGAGUCUGGAGCUUGUCAAUGUAACCGAGGUUGGAGGGGGAAGAGAUGUGAGAAACCUUGUUUGCCUGGUUACUAUGGAGAGAACUGUGGCCAGAGCUGUAAGUGCCACCCUGGCAUUGCAUGUAACCAUGUGACUGGGGAAUGUGGAUGUCCUGCUGGAUUCACUGGCAAUGGUUGUGAAGAAAACUGUUCACCAGGUACCUAUGGACAGAACUGCAACCAGGUGUGCCAGUGUUCAGGAGUGAAUGAGGAGUGCCACCCUGUCACUGGGAAAUGUACAUGUUUACCUGGUUAUUAUGGGACCCGCUGUGACCUCCAAUGUCCAGAGGGAACCUAUGGACCCUACUGUAAAAGGAGCUGCAAAUGUCAGAACGAGGGACAAUGUGACACUGUAACUGGAACCUGUAGUUGUCCUCCUGGUUUUAUUGGAGCUGACUGCACAAUCACUUGUCCAGAAGGCUAUUAUGGGAAAGAUUGUAGGAUGCUUUGUCCAUGUGGUGAAGAAGGUCGAUGUGACCCAGUGACAGGAAUGUGUCACUGUUGGCCUGGUACAAUGGGCUCUACCUGCCAGAAAGUGUGUCCACAGGGAAGUUAUGGACGAGGCUGUUUGGAGAGUUGUGCCUGUCAGAAUGAUGGUAUCUGUAAUCCAAAAGAUGGGACAUGCUCUUGUGGACUUGGAUGGACAGGUCGCCAUUGUGAAAAAGCUUGUCCUGAGGGGAAAUAUGGAGCCAACUGCCAGCUGGACUGUUUGUGCUGGAAUAAUGGAAGGUGCGAUCGGUUUACUGGCAGCUGUCAAUGUCUGGAUGGUUUCUUUGGCCCUUUGUGUGAACACACUUGUCCUCUGGGGUUUCAUGGUUUAGUCUGUGCGCGCUCCUGUGACUGUAAGCAUGGUGCAGCUUGUGAACCUAGCACUGGCCAAUGCAUCUGUCCACCUGGUUACCAUGGUGAUUACUGCGAGAAAGCUUGUGAAGCUGGACGCUUUGGGGAGCGAUGUCAGGAGAUAUGCGAUUGUGAAGGCCUCACACCAUGCCAUCCAGUUACAGGAAAGUGCCUUUGUCCACCAGGUAGAACUGGAGACCGAUGUGAUCGUGAAUGCCGAAUAAAUCAAUUUGGGCCUAACUGUUCCUUGACUUGCAAUUGUGCUAACAAGGCACACUGCAAUUCCCGCAAUGGAAGCUGUGUGUGCUCCUUCCAGUGGAUGGGUCCAACUUGUGAAGAAGGUGGUCCUUCACUGUCUCUGAUUCCUCAUGAGCGUGCUCAGCCAGAAGAACAUCAUCUGCAAAGAACUUUCUAUCGCUCAUAGUUUGAUCCCAGUUUCAGGUUUUGGGAGAAGCAAUGGGAUUUGUUUACAGCUGAAGAGUUCCUCAACAAAUCAGGAAAUGUUAUGAACUCUUGAGUAACAGCCCAGAAUUUAUCCAAGUGACCCCAAAGGAUAACCAAAGGCUUUGUACUUAAAUUCAGUAAUCAUAUGACAUCCUGUGACCAUUUCAACAUUCUGAUUCUAGCCUAGAGCAAUUUAAGCUCCGAUGAAGAAUGUUGUGAGCAUGUGCAAUUUUGAGAAUUGGUCAGCUCUUGGUGCUUUGAGAUACUUCUAUUCAUGGGAAGAUCAUAAAUCUCAUACAAAGACAAAAAGAGAGAUUCCAAUAAUUAAUCAUAAGGAGCUCCAGAAGCUUAAUACUGUUGCAAUAAAGGGUUCAUGAACAUAUGUUACAUUAACAAC